AUGCAGGAGCAACUGCUGACAGACAUGAGCUCAAACACACUUUCUGCUGUGCUAGAGAAGCUGAUUCACCGACUGUGUCUGCAUGACUUUCCUUGUGGAUAUGGCACCUGGAGAAAGACCAAAGGCAGCACAGAGGGAGCAGAGACAGAAGAGACAGAUGCCCUCCUGGAUCUACUGAGCUGCCCUCACUCUCCCUGGCGGCAGGAUGGAUCAUGGAGCCCUCAAACUGCGGCCCUGAGACAGCUGGCUGUGCUCACACCUGAACGCCUGCACACAGAUUUCAUUUACAGUUACUUUACGACACUUCACAUCUUGGACAAGGGUGGUAUAUAUAGAAUAGCACACAGACCACCCAUACCAAAAAUUGUCUCAGUCAUUGACGACGGCCUGUUAAAGUUCUCGAAGCUGGAGGAACUGGUGCUGAGUGCCAACAAAAUCUCAGAAAUCCCAGCAGAAAACCUUCCCAGCACUUUGAAGAUUUUGGAGCUACGUGACAACUGGCUGUCUGCUCUGAACAGUCUCACCAGCUGCCCACCCCCUCGCCUGCAGUACCUCGGCCUCAGCUCAAACAGUCUGGGAUCCCAUGACGUAGUCUGUCAUCUCACAGGAACACACUGGCCACAGCUGGUGUGUCUGGACCUGAGUGACUGUGAGUUUCAGAACCAGCAGGCCCUGCUGGAUGCUUUGAGCACGCUCCCCUGCCUCAGGACGCUGGUUCUAGAGGGAAACCCCUUCACUCUCGCUCCCUUCUACCCAGGCCUCACUAUAGACAGUCUCCCACGGCUCUCAUACCUAGACGCCUCACGGAUCUCCCCUGAGGAAAGAUGUAGUUUUAGCAGCCUCUCCAAGAUGACUGAUCUGAUAGAGGACCGGGCAUCAGUCACAGUGAGUGUGGGCAGAGUGAGGGGAAUCCCAGACCCAUCGAUGAGUUUGGACGAAAACGCUCCUGAUUUCCCUGUUAUCACCUACGGCUACUUUAUCACAUACGAGUUCCUUAGUCAUCAAACUGUUGACCUGUGCUGCUCACAGAAGUUCAGUGAGUCUAAAUGUGACGCAGUACAUGUGACGGAGGACGUCUUCAGUGAUGCUGACCUACAAUCAAACAAAAACUGUGACAAAGAAUCUUCCAAACCAGACGCACAGGACUUUGUGGCGUAUACUGAGGAAAUCUGCUAUGACACUGCACAUGUGUCAAGACACAGAACAUCAAAACUGACAUGGGCAGAGUGCAUGGACUUCAGUGACACACAAACGUACAUUGUUAGUGAUCUGGGAGGCUUAAAGAGAUUUUUCAAUCAAGGUCUUUAUCUUACGCUAGAGGAGGAAAAGGUCCUGUCAUGGCCUGCAGCCUCUGAAGACGUCCCGGUGGCCAAACCCAACCGAAAUGUUAAAGAGAGGAAAGGUGGGAAAGAAAAAGAGUCUCCAAUCAAAUCAGGUUCCACCAAAGACAAGGACAAAAAGAAGAAAUCUGUACCAGAUCUGGUCCAGGACGCCCCCAUCAGAAGAACCCUUGGCUCCGUCCACGUCCCCCUGCAGGGCUUGGUAAAAAGAGGUCAUAAGGUCGAUGUUCUCUGUGACCUUGGCACCCUGCACACUGAGUCUGACCUGGAAGCUACGCAAUCACUUGAAAAGGAUCUGGGAAAGAAAAUCAAAGAGGACAAGAAGAAGGAGGACAAGCAAUCAAAGCGGAGAGGAGGCAGCGGUACCAAACAGAAGAAUACAGCAGCUUUUAAAGGCAGAGGAAAGGGAAAUAAGGAAUCUGAGACAGAUGUCCACACAGACAACUCUGUGUCCGUCCCACUGGAGCCACUGACUGUGGAGUUGAGUGUGGAGCUGGAGAAAUGGCAGUCUGCAGCUGAUGCGAAUCAACUUACACUACCACAUAAAAGCAAACAGCCUGAUUUGUCUUAAAGUAAGAUUAUCAGCUUGAUCAGUUAGAUCUACUGUACGUUAUGGAGCCCUAUCCAAACUAGUCCUGUUAGCUUAGAUUAAUCUCUUAUGUUCCUCCCUGUAUUCCCUCAUUACUGCUGAUGUAUUGCUGGUACCCCACCUCACAUCCCAGAGGACUCAAAAGAUCUGAAGCUAACACCCUGGUACCAGACACUAUAGGACACCCCUUAGAGGUCCUGUGUCCAUGCCUUGACAGGUCAGAACCAAGUCCGGUCCAAGGAGCACCCAACGUUGAUCAGGGUUAUCUCUGGAGUACCAGCACAUCCCUCAACUGUCCUAUCAGAUUGGGAUCUGGGGUAUUUGGGGGCAAAGUCGACACCUUGAGCUCUUUGUGUUAUUCCUCGGGUCAUUCCUGAGCAGCUUUUAUGGUGAGGCACCAUCAGUAGUCCUGCUAGGGGGGCACUGCCAUCAACAAGUGCUAUUGCCAUGAGUUUUUUUUUUUUUUGUCUGCAAUGGUGUUCGGGUGGGUGGAGUGUGUCAAGUAGCAUCCACAUUAAUGCCAGAACCCAAGGUUUCCCAACAGAACAUUGUAACAAGAUGGUCAAUUUUAUUCACUUCACCCACCACUGGUUUUAAUGUUUUGGCUGUACACGAGGGACUUAACCCAAGUCAAGAUGGUGCAAUUACAAAGAAAGCACUGCUACAAGCUGAUCAGACAUGAAGGUCUAUGUAUGAACCUGUAUUUUGGUAACCAACCUUUUUCCCUAAAGGGACCCCUUGUCUAUCAUUGAAAACACUGAGGACUGACAGACAUAUUUUAUGGAUGCCAGGCAGGGGAAAAAUGGUGCUGUGUUUUCUCCCUCCUCUGUUUUCUCUUCAGGUGCUAACAACCUGAUUACUUCCACCUUGUGCAGUUCUGUCAGAAUGCUGAUUGGUUACCUCGUGCUUUCAGCCUGCCUGUCAUCAAGAAAAGGAGCUCGUCUGAGGAGUU